AUGAUGCACUUCAUCGGGAUUCUCGCCAUCACGCUCGACGAUGACCCUGCAGCAUUGCUCGAGCAAAUUGCGCGGUACCGUCAGCGCAUCGGCUCGGCGACGAUGACAGACAAGCUCGACAUCUUUGCCUACGAAUCGCGCGAGAAGAAGGAGGUCGUUCGCCGGUAUGCCGGUAAGUGGAAAAUACUGUGCUAGCCCCUCAGACCAGUGUGCCCAUUCUGAUUAGCGUGGGCAUUGUAGAGGAGAACGGGAUCGAGUUCGUUCUCGCCAUCGUUCGUGGAGACGAGCCCCGCUUGCCCGCUUACGAAUUGGACCGUGUCGUACGAGCCAGUAAACGAUACCGCGCCUAUAUGAAGACCAAGCCUUCGGCCCUCGCCAGGGCUCAGUUGACGGACACGGAUGUCCGCCUCGUGCUCGACCUGCAGUACUACUUCCGCCUCGUCUCGCGCGAUUGCGACUCCAACAUCAUACGUGAAAUGCUCGGUGAAGAUGCGAUCGCAUCUGCUCUCGAGGUGCUCGCCGGUCCCAUUGUCGAACUGAUCAAGCGCAUCUACAAAGUCGGAAACCUCUCGCAAGCUGUUGGUAGCUUCCAGCGCUUCCUGGAUCAGUUGAUCAUCAUCAUCGAGGCGUUGAGAUCGAGGAUCCAAGAGCCACAAAGCGCGUGA